UAGUGGGCUGCUCUUCUGGCUGUGAGCUCAGAGACAGAUAGAAGCUCAGAGAGACACACCGACGCUCCGUCCACCAGCUGCAGGCAGAUCCCAGCUGGCCGUGGCACACAAGCGACACAGGAUACUCACUUUUCUUGUUUCUGCUGGCUCGCUCCGUGGCAGCCAUUCUUCUGCAAAAACCACAGAAUUGCUAAAUAUUGACGCGGGUGCAUUUUCCGGAUUUUUGUGGUCAUUGCAUGGGAUUUUGGCCUCAGUUGGACUUGAGGAGCUUGUCCAGAGACAUUUUUGGACCAGUUUUCGCUGUGCUCGGGUGAAUUCUCUGAGGGUCACCGCCUGGACAUUGGAACAGCUGACGUGCACUCGGGCGCCAGUGGGAGUUUGGUCAACUGUGGGUUCACCUCCGUCAGCCCUUUGAGGAGAACUUCUGUUUGUUUGCUCUGACAUUUUUUGUGCUGCCAAGUGAGGGGAGGGGGCUUUGAUAGCUCCAUCCCUGAAGAAAAAGAGGCACCAGAGCAUUUCCAUCUGUGUGCGUUUGGGAGAGACGAGCCUGUGUUCUGGGGGAUGCCGCUGGAUGUGGUGAUUGCCCCAGCAGAGGACUGCUUUUGGCCGGACCUCCAGGACACAGACAUGAGGCUGAAGAUCAGGGUCCGCCGAAUGAAAGAGGGAAGAGAACUACGAGGAGGUUUUGCUGCUUUCUCCUCCUGUUUCCCCGGCCUGUGUGAAGUGAAGCCUGCCACUGCUCUGCCUAUGAGCUUGUCCCAGCCCUGCUUGACUGUGGCUAACGUCGGGCUCACUCGAAUCCUGCCACACCUCUACCUGGGCUCACAGAAGGAUGUCCUCAACAAGGAUCUGAUGGCUCAGAAUGGGAUCACCUAUGUGCUGAAUGCCAGCAACACCUGCCCCAAGCCGGACUUCAUCAGUGAGAGCCACUUCAUGCGAAUCCCGGUCAACGACAACUACUGUGAGAAGCUGCUUCCCUGGCUGGACAAGACCAAUGAAUUCAUAGACAAAGCUAAGGUGUCAAACUGCAGAGUCAUUGUGCACUGCCUGGCUGGAAUCUCGCGUUCAGCAACCAUCGCCAUCGCAUACAUCAUGAAGACAAUGGGCUUGUCGUCAGACGACGCCUACAGGUAUGUGAAGGACCGGAGGCCGUCAAUAUCCCCCAACUUCAACUUCCUCGGUCAGCUGCUGGAGUUUGAGAAGGGCCUGCAGUUACUCCAAGCUUUAACUUCCACCGCUGACGACCAGAUCUCUGGAAACUCAGACGUCAAUGGAGUGGACACAGGUUUCGAAAUGAACGGUCACCACAGCAAAUAUGAUUCAUCGGUGGCAGAGCCAAACAUCCCAGCAGAGCCCAAGCUACCGUCGCCCACCUCCCUCCAGCAAGGCUUCAACGGCCUGCACCUGUCUGCAGAGAGGAUCCUGGACACGAACCGGCUCAAACGCUCCUUCUCCCUGGACAUUAAGUCGGUCUACUCCCCCAACAGCCCCCGCUGCCCCAGCCUGGCCCCCACACACUCUGAAGACGUCCCUAAGCUGUGUAAGCUCGACAGCCCAGGAACAGGCACUUCCAACGGUGUCUGCUCCCAGUCGCCCGUCCUCGACAGCCCCAGCUCCUCCGACUCUCCGUUCCCCUCGCCGGGCUGCGGGGGCAGCAUCGGGGGUUUGGGGUUCGGAGGAAGUGAAGUCCAUCGGUCGAGUUCCUCCUCAUCCAGACCCAGAAGGAAAGCCAAGCACAGCUCCAGCAGUUCACCAGUCCACUCCCAACCGCACCAACCUCCUCAGUCCCUCAGCUUGUCGCUGGACCACAAGAACCCCCCCCAGGACGAGAACCUGAAAGGCUCCCUGCUCCUCACACUACCAUCCCUGCCCACCGCGGGGUCUGGGGUCAUGUGGACCAAACACAGAGACACUGUCCAGGCCACCACUCCUGUCACGCCUGUCACACCCCCCACAGAUGCUCCCUGGCACUUUGGGGCAGAGGUGGGCGGUGUGCGAGAGAUGGAGCUGGGAGGCGGCGGAGAUGGAGGAGGAGAGGAGUCGUCGGUGAGGUUCGGGAGCAGCUCGGCGUACGUGGCGUUCGGGUGUAGCGAAGGUGUGCGGUUACGAGACAAAUCCCAGAGGGAGAAGCCCUCACCGCCACAGACACAGAGAGACCACCGGGAGUCCACGUCGUCGUCCACGGCGCCCACGUCCAACAGCUCGAGCAACAGCGGCGCUGCGUCAGAGAAGCAGUUCAAGCGACGCAGCUGUCAGAUGGAGUUCGAGGAGGGAAUCGCCGAGACCCGGUCCAGAGAGGAGCUGGGCAAGAUUGGGAAGCAGUCAAGCUUCUCUGGAAGCAUGGAGAUCAUCGAGGUGUCCUGACAGAUAAUGGACCUGAGCAGAGCUGUCCCCUGGGGACACAAAUGGACCUGGUGAGAAGGAGUUCAAGAAGAGGACAAAUGAGGAAGAGCAGAAGAGAGAUUUGUGUGCUCCCCUCUCGGACAGUGUUAAAGACUCCAACUGAGAGAAGGACAAGCAGAGAGUUAAUGUGAAAAGGUUAGCAAGCUAACUAGCAUCUGCACCUGGACAGACAGAGCCUAAGAUGUGGUGCUUAGCUGACCAUAACCAUCCUGAACUCUCGUACAGAUCUGAAGAAAGCUCGGGCACAGGGGGGGCGGUGACUAUACUGUAGGUACUGAAAAUCUUAACGUUUCUGAGCUCUGUCCCAGACUCUGGGGAAAGUGACAUUUGCAUCCUUAUUAUAUAGAAAACCCCUGUUCUGACAGAGUUCACACACAAACUGCUUGCCUGUGGUCAAAUGUUGUGUGCUUCAGUGGGUGUAUAGCUUGUGAUUUGAAACCAAGCCCCCGUGUUUCCUCCCAAAAGCUUCACCCCCAAUGUCGUAACGCCUCGAAACCUUCGCACGGCAGCAUCC